UUUGCUGUGCCAAAUGCGGCUGAUGAACAACUAUAAGCAAGCCAUAGCCUUACCUAUCUCCAAAAUCCAUAGUUUCCUUCUUCCCAAGGACAAGUAUCUUAAUUUCUCAUCACCAGAGCAAGGAAAUGGAGAGCUUUUGGUGGUCGUUGGUGGCGGGGCCGCCGGAAUAUUUGGAGCAAUUAAGGCUAAAUCAUUAGCCCCUAAUCUGAAAGUGACUGUUAUUGAGAAAGGAAAACCCUUGUCCAAGGUUAAAAUUUCAGAUGGGGGUCGAUGCAAUGUAACAAAUGGGCAUUGUUUUGAUAACUGGGCUUUGGCACAACAUUAUCCUAGGGGUAACAAGGAAUUCAGAGGGCUUUUCUUCAAAUUGCAUGGUCCAAAGGAUACCAUGUCCUGGUUCUCCGACCAUGGAGUGGAGCUCAAGACUGAAGAUGGAAGGGUAUUUCCAGUCAGUAACAAUUCAUAUUGAUCAGUAGUGGGUUGCCUUCUUACUGAAGCAGAGAAUAAGACUGGUAGAUCUGUUACAUCAGUCUCAACCGCUUCUGGUGGGAAAUUCCUUGUGAAGAUUGAGAAGCGAACUGCUGAUCUUGUGAAAUAUAUUGAGGCUGAUUAUGUAUUAAUAGCCAGUGGGAGUUCCAAGCUGGGGUAUGAUCUAGCUAUCCAACUUGAUCAUUCUAUUGUAGAACUUGUACCGAGCCUAUUCAGUUUCAAGAUUGAUGAUGCCAAACUUGCAGCUUUGGCUGGGGUCACAUUCCAUAAAGUCAAAGCAAAGUUAAAGCUAGAAAAUGUUGAGAAGAACAUACCUCGUCAUUCACAGGUUGGACCCAUGUUAAUUACCCACUGGGGUUUGAGUGGACCAGCAAUCCUUAAGUUAUCUGCUUGGGGAGCCCGUGAGCUUUUCAGCGCAGGAUACAAAGGAACGCUGUUGAUUGACUUUAUUCCUGAUAUCUUAAUUGAAGAUGUGAAGUCAAUUCUUGUUCAACAUAAGAAUCAUCAUGUGAGACAAAAAGUGUUGAAUUCAUAUCCUCCAGAACUGGGUCUUGUGAAAAGAUUCUGGAAAUAUAUUCUUGAUCAAGAGGCUUUAGAUGGAGAAAUCUUAUGGGCAAGUUUUCCAAGUAAAGCUCUACUUUCUAUUGCGUUGAUGCUGAAACAGUGCCCGUUUAAAUUGAUUGGGAAGGGCCAAUACAAGGAUGAAUUUGUCACGGCAGGAGGUGUUCCAUUGUCGGAGAUUUCUCUUACCACAAUGGAGAGCCGAAUUCAGUCGCGUCUAUUCUUUGCGGGAGAGGGAAAUGGAGAGCUAUUGGUGGCCGUUGGUGGCGGAGCCGCCGGAAUAUUUGGAGCAAUUAAGGCUAAAUCAUUAGCCCCUAAUCUGAACGUGACUGUUAUUGAGAAAGGAAAACCCUUGUCCAAGGUUAAAAUUUCAGGUGGGGGUCGAUGCAAUGUAACAAAUGGGCAUUGUUUUGAAAACUGGGCUUUGGCACAACAUUAUCCUAGGGGUAACAAGGUAUUCAGAGGGCUUUUCUUCAAAUUGCAUGGUCCAAAGGAUACCAUGUCCUGGUUCUCCGACCAUGGAGUGGAGCUCAAGACAGAAGAUGAUGGAAGGGUAUUUCCAGUCAGUAAUAUUUCAUCUUCAGUAGUGGGUUGCCUUCUUACUGAAGCAGAGAAUAAAAAAGUUUUAUUGCAGACUGGUAGAUCUGUUACAUCAGUCUCAACCGCUUCUGGUGGGAAAUUCCUUGUGAAGAUUGAGAAGCGAACUGCUGAUCUUGUGGAAUAUGUCGAGGCUGAUUAUGUAUUAACAGCCAGUGGGAGUUCCAAGCAGGGGUAUGAUCUAGCUAUCCAACUUGGUCAUUCUAUAGUAGAACCUGUACCGAGCCUAUUCAGUUUCAAGAUUGAUGAUGCCAAACCAGCUUUGGCUGGGGUCACAUUCCAUAAAGUCAAAGCAAAGUUAAAGCUAGAAAAUGUUGAGAAGAACAUACCUCUUCAUUGGCAUUUUUUGAUUGCAAGUAUUUUCUAGAUUAAACCCAUAAGAAGCCCGCAAAGUAUUCGUCAAUUUUGAAAUUACUAGUUUUUUAUACAAGCCUUUUUACUAUGAGACUGUGUUUUAAUAUCAACCCUUGUUAAGCUGCAACUUUUAAAGGUAUUUUUUCAAUGAACUCUAUUUACAGUUAUAAUGAAAAAAUAUAGUUUAAAAUUGUCAGUUAAGAAAGACUUGUAUUGAAAUGGUUUUAUAGUUGAAGGGAUUAUAUUGAUAAAGGACAAUAGUUUAUGUUUAAUGGUGGAAUUCAAAAUAGCUUAAAAAUGGUGUAUUGAGUUUAGUCUAUUUUCUAAUAAGCAUCCUAUGUUAGUUACCCACUGGGGUUUGAGUGGACCAGCAAUCCUUAAGUUAUCUGCUUGGGGAGCCCGUUAGCUUUUCAGUGCAGGAUACAAAGGAACGCUGUUUAUUUACUUUAUUCCUGAUAUUCAAAUUGAAGAUGUGAAGUCAAUUCUUGUCAACAUAAGAAUCAUCAUGCGGACGAUUCUAGGAUUAUUAUGUACCACUUACAUUCAAUUGAUCGACGUCGAUCUUGACGAAAUCAACGUUGGUGUACUUGGAGGACAUGGCGUUGAGUUCUGGCUCCAUUAACUUGCAGGGACCACACCAUGUUGCAGAGAAAUCGAUCACCAUCUUCAAACCAAACAAAUGAAUUAAUCUCUAAAAAUCAAUUAAAGUGGGAGAAAGGGGGUUUAGGGUUGCUGUACCAGUUUAGGGACUUGUUUGGCGGAGUUGAUUCAAACUAUGUUAUUUAUGUCUUUUAUUAAAUCAAACUUUGGAUGAUGAUUCAAACUAUGCCAUCUAUGUCUUUUAUUAAAUCAAACUUUGGAUGA